AUGUCCUCCUACUACCACGACAGCAUGCCUCAUGGCGCCUGUCCCAAGUCCCCUGAGCUGGAACGAGCCCAAACUAGGCUCCAGCAGUCUGAACUCUCUUUUUCACGGACCCAGCAUGAACUCCAACAGGCACUGAGGGUCCGAGCGACCACUCCCAUGUCAGCCAAUGAGUAUUCAGCCAAGGACCAAGAAAUCGCUCAACUGAAACGCAAGUUGAGGGAGACUGAAGAAGAGAUGAAGGGACUGCACGACAUCAUCGAGAGGCAGAAGAUGACCAUCAAAAACCAGAGCGAGGCCAUCCAGAAUCCCAAGCAGCACUUUCCAACACCCACCUCUCACCGCUACGGCGGCAAUCAGUAUGGCCAGGCCACUCUUGCUCUGCCUCCUCCACCACAGCCAAUCUUCGCUGACCCAGCUCCAAUGGCCACCCCGUCGUCUCAGUCCGGUCCAAUGCGGCCUUCUAGUCAGCUGCCUAACCAGCGUCAAACACCGUCUCCAUUCAGUGUUCCUCGCAGCCAAUAG